AUGACCUCGUCGGACAGNUCGGACAACUCAUCGGAAGCCGGUUCAUCGCUUGCCAGUAGCGCCGUUGCUGAAGCAGCAGCUCGCAAUGUACGUGUUAAAGUUAAGCAGCGUGCAAAUUUGCUGGCACGUUUGCAAUCUUGGCACAUUGGCAUCGACGGCCCUCAGCCACUGCGCCAGCUGGAAGUCAAAUUGGCCUUAGUGGAGCGCCACUACAACGCACUUGAAGAACUGCAAACUCAACUGGAGAAGCUUGAUGAGUCGCAGCUAGAGGAAGACCAUCGGGCUGCCUUUGGACAGUCGUAUAUCCAAGCAAAGGCAGCACUCACCGACCGCAUGGCCACACUACAAGCCAUGGAAAGUCCGCAGCAGUUCAGCAGCACGCAUAUUUUCAACGAGCGCAAACAAUCUGGCCGCAUUAACUUGCCAAAACUUCAAUUGACGCGCUUCAGCGGAGAACAGCGUGAUUGGUUGGACUUUUACAACGUUUUUUCAACUCUCGUCCACAACAACAAAGAUCUGUCCGAUGUUGAAAAAUUCCAGUAUCUGCGUUCGUGCUUAACAGACAAGGCAUCGCGGCUGAUUCAGUCACUCGAGGUGACGAGUGUCAAUUAUAAGGUUGCGUUGGAACUUAUCGUCGCUCGGUUCAACAACAGCCGCCUCAUUUUUCAAACGCACAUGCUGCAGAUUUGUGACAUCCUACCACUAUCGUCAGCGACAGUACCAGCUCUUCGUAAUUUCAUCGACAUCGUUAAUGUAAAUCUUCGCGCAAUGCAGUCAUUGGCCACAGCCCAGCAAAUAGGUGAUCGAAUUUCGUUGUACAUAGUGUCGAAAAAGCUAGAUGCACCCACGCUUACACGGUGGGAAUAG